AAUCACUGGAGAUUUUCGCACGAAUUUAAAGGUCUGUACACUUUCUUUUUGUAACAGAAAUUUCUGAACAGGUACCAGGAAAGGAAAUUAUAGGUCCUACAGGUUUAAGAUCAAUCUGCAGUCAAAAGCGACAAGAUGUCUGAGAACGCAGAUCGUCUGAAUAAAUUCAAGAACAAGGGCAAAGAUGCAAAUGAACUUCGUCGACGAAGGGUCGAGGUGAACGUGGAGCUUCGUAAAGCCAAGAAGGAUGAUCAGAUAUUCAAGAGGAGGAACGUAACCACUCUGCCUGACGAGGCUACCUCGCCUCUGCAGGAGAAAGGUCAAAAUGCACAGCCGUCUCGGCACUGGACGGUAGCGGAGAUCGUAUCAGGGGUGAACAGCGCAAGUCUGGACGUGCAGCUGCAGGCCACUCAAGCCGCCAGAAAGUUGCUGUCUCGCGAGCGGCACCCCCCGAUAGACCACAUCAUCUCCGCGGGGCUGAUCCCCAGGUUUGUGUCCUUCCUGGGGCUCGAGGAGUCAUCUCCCAUCCAGUUUGAGGCUGCGUGGGCGCUGACAAACAUCGCAUCCGGCACCUCGGACCAGACCACAGCGGUGGUGGAGGGGGGCGGCAUCCCAGCCUUCGUCAGCCUGGUCCGCUCCCCCCACCCCCAUAUCAGUGAGCAGGCCGUUUGGGCGCUGGGCAACAUUGCUGGGGAUGGCUCUGCCUACAGGGAUCUCGUCAUCAAACACGGGGCGGUGGCGCCGCUGCUGAGCCUGCUGGCUGUCCCUGACCUCUCUGUCUUCUCGGCCGGCUAUCUGAGGAAUGUGACGUGGACGCUGUCCAACUUGUGUCGGAACAAGAGCCCCGCCCCCCCACUAGGCGCCGUGCAGGAGCUGCUGCCUGCGCUAGUGCGCCUGCUUCACCAUGGCGACCGGGAGGUUCUGGCGGACGCUUGUUGGGCUGUGUCCUACCUGACGGACGGACCCAACGACAGGAUCCAGGUGGUGGUUCAGACUGGCCUGUUGCCACGUUUGGUCACCCUGCUGGGCUGUGGAGACCUGUCUGUCCUGACGCCCUCCCUGCGCGCCCUGGGCAACAUUGUGACGGGGACAGACGAGCAGACCCAGACAGUGCUGGAUGCAGGUGUGCUGGCCGUGUUCCCGGCCCUGCUGCGCCACGCCCGGCCCAGUGUACAGAAGGAAGCGGCCUGGACACUGUCCAACGUGACGGCUGGCAGUGAGGGGCAGAUCCAAGCAGUGCUGGACGCAGGCCUGCUGCCCCUCCUGGUGGACCUGCUGAGACAGGGUGACUUUAAGACACAGAAGGAGGCGGUGUGGGCGGUGACCAACCUGACCAGCGGGGGCAGUGUGGAGCAGGUGGUGCAGCUGGUGCAGAGCAGUGCUUUGGAUCCCCUGCUGGCACUGCUGUCCUCCAAAGACACCAAGACUCUGCUGGUCAUCCUGGAUGCCCUCACCAACAUCUUCCUGGCUGGGGAGAAGAUCGAGGAGACAGACAAGUUGUGCCUGAUGGUGGAGGAGUGUGGCGGGUUGGACCGUAUCGAAGCCCUGCAGUCUCACGAGAAUGAAAUGGUCUACAAGGCCUCGUUGGCGCUCAUAGAGAAAUACUUCUCUGCAGAGGAGGAGGAGGAUCUGCAGGUGGCACCUGCAGCUAUGACAGAUGGUUACGCAUUCCAGAUCAACGACAACCAAACGAGCACUUUCAACUUCUAAACUCAUCCCAUCUCCCUCUGCCUACUGCUCUGUGUCCUGUUUCUACUGUCUGUUAUGUCUCUACUGCUCUGUGUCUCCUGUUUCUACUGUCUGUUAUGUCAAUGUGACGAUAGAACUGUCAGGCAUGUAUAUUACCUUUUAAUCAGGUUAACUGUAAAUAAAGUUCUUAAAAGAA